AUGACCAUGCAAGGGGCCAACACAAGCUCACCCGCCAUCUUUGUGCUCCUGGGCUUCUCGGCACGGCCCUGGCUGGAGCCCGUGCUCUUUGCAGUUGUCUUGGGGUUCUACGUUGUGUCUCUCCUGGGCAAUGGCCUCAUUGUCCUGGUCUCAUGCAUGGACGUGCACUUGCACACACCCAUGUACUUCUUUCUGACCAACCUCUCCCUCCUGGACCUCGGUUUCACCACAAGCAUCGUCCCACAGCUCCUGGCCAACCUUUGGGGCCCCCAAAAGACCAUCAGCUACGCGGGCUGCGUGGUCCAGUUCUACCUCUCCCACUGGCUGGGGGCCACCGAGUGUGUCCUGCUGGCCGCCAUGUCUUACGACCGCUACGCCGCCAUCUGCCGGCCCCUGCACUACACAGUCAUCAUGCGCCCUCGGCUGUGCCUCAGCCUGGCCCUGGCCUCGUGGCUCGGGGGUCUGAGCACCAGCCUGGUGGGCUCCACACUCACUCUGCUGCUGCCGCUGUGUGGCCGCAACCGCAUCGACCACUUCUUCUGUGAGAUGCCCCUCAUCAUGAGGCUGGCCUGCGUGGACACCAGCCCCAAUGAGCUGGAGAUGUACCUGGCCAGCUUCCUAUUUGUGGUCCUGCCUCUGGGCCUCAUCCUGGUCUCCUACGGCCACAUCGCUGGGGCUGUGGCCAGGAUGAGAUCGGCUGAGGGGCAGAGGAAGGCGCUGGGCACCUGCUCCUCCCACUUGACGGUUGUCACCCUGUUCUAUGGGGCCAUCAUUUUCAUGUACCUGCAGCCAGCACAGAGCAGCUCUCACGAGCAGGGCAAGUUCGUGGCCCUGUUCUACACGGUGGCCACGCCUGCACUCAACCCGCUCAUCUACACCCUGCGGAACAAGGAUGUGAAGAAGGCCCUCAGGCAGCUGGUGCUGGAAGACAGCUGUGGUGUGGGAGGAAGACGAGGGGCCAGGGCUGCGCUAUAG